AGAGGUUUUCUGCGCCGUGUGCAGGAAACAAAACACGCAGGGUCAACCAUCGUGCUGUCCGAUUCCUUAAAGUGCUGUUUAAAUGUCAUGUAGGGCGAUAAAAGAGACAUAUACAGCGUAGUUAUUGGACCAUUGACCGUAACUGUCGUGCUGCAGCGACUUGAGCUGGACUCUAUAAAAGCUGUGCUAUGAAGCUGAAUGAAUAACGAUGCAGAAACAGUGUUUGUGUUAAACAUGUGGAGAAGGUCACUAAGUACAAGAUACAGGUGUUUUGGCCGCAGGAGUGUUGGACCAAAGGGAGUUUGGAGUUCCCACGCUGUGCGAACAUGCAGCUCUCCAGUUCUACCUGCAGGCAGGAUCACUGCACUUGAGGCGGUGGACUUCUGGAGGAGGCACUUUGAGGAGCGAGGUGUGAUGGAGCCUGACCAGUCCAGCCAGCACAUCAUUGCUCAUGUGCUGGGAGCUAAAACUAUAGAAAGUCUGGAGCGCGAGAGGUUAACAGAGUUUCUCAGCCAAGAAACAGCAGAGCAGGUGUGGAAGCUCUGCACUCGGCGUCUCUCCAGAAUGCCGGUGCAAUAUGUGAUUGAGGAGUGGGACUUCAGAGACCUGACUCUGAAGAUGAGGCCUCCUGUGUUCAUACCAAGACCUGAAACUGAGGAGUUGGUUGAACUUGUGCUUACUGAUCUGCUGAUGAAGCCUGGGACUGGAGUGGGUGCAGACACUCAGCAUACUUGCUUGGAAGUGGGAUGUGGGUCUGGUGCCAUUUCCCUUAGUCUGCUGAAGAGUCUGCCUCAGCUGAAAGCUGUUGCCUUGGAUCAAAGCCAGGAUGCAGUGGAUUUAACAACAGAAAAUGCGUUGAGAUUGAGGCUUCAGGACCGAUUACAGGUUCAUCAUUUAGAUAUAAUGAAAGAUGCAGAGACUGUGCUGAGCCUCUGCCGUCCUGUUUUAGUUUUGGUCAGUAACCCUCCAUACCUGUUUUCAGAGGAUAUGGCGUCACUGGAACCAGAAAUUUUUAGAUUUGAAGACCAUGCUGCUUUAGAUGGAGGUGAAGAUGGCCUAAGAGUGAUCAAACAGAUCUUAGUUCUGGCUCCACAGAUCCUGUCAGAUCACGGUCGUGUUUACAUGGAGGUGGACCCCCGACACCCUCCGCUCAUUCGACAGUGGGUGGAGGUGAAUGUGGGAGAGCUGCAGUACGUGGAGACACGACACGACAUCACCGGCAGGCCGCGAUUCUGCAUCCUUCAGAAAGCGAAGGCAAAAAGGGACCACAAGCUGGAUCUGGACUGAGAAACUGAGAUCUUAUUACGCUGGCUUUAGCUCAGGUCGCCACAGCCUCAGCUCCCCCUACCCCCACUGAGCCACCAAGCACCGGCUCAAGCUGAUUUGAUCACUCAAAAUUCACAAUUUGCACAAGCCCAAACAACAUUCAUGUCACUGUGGCACUCUUAGUCUGGUAGCAGGCGCGCUCGCGAUUCGGCGUCACAAUAAAAAUGUGUGCGAGAUGGCACAAAAGCAGGCUCAAAGCUGAAGGUAAUUACCGCAGCUUUUCUUAGAACCCUCCCUCUCAGAAUCUCACCCUCUUCCCAGGAAGCAUUCAGUAGUUCUGUGAAUCCACUGAUGAACGGUCCUCCCCUUCGCUUGUCCGCUCGCUGACUCAGAUGCAGGCAGUGUGCAUUGUUGAGCAAAAGUACACACAACGUGGCUUUUACUUCCUCACACAAUCGCCGUCGCUCGCACACUGUAAGCUCAAAGGCCACAAAGUCUUUGUGUUUCAAAGGUGAUUUGAAGCAAAAAAAUAUUUCGUAACAAGUGUCACAAGAGCAGUCAUCAUGUGGUGGUUAAUGGUGACAGCGUUUCUCUUGAGCCCUGUGAAAAAUGCUGACAUUUUAGGUGAAACUCAUGAUUAAGAAAAAGAAUAGCAACUUAGAUUCCAGUUGAGGGUUUUUUAAUAGAAACAUGUACACAACAUGUAAAAGGUACAAAAAAUGCUUUACUGAGAAAAAUGAAAUGGCGUAAAAGAUGUCUCAAUGGAAUCACUGUACUUCUUAAGAACAGUAUGUACAUCCAGAACUGAUGAGAGCAAAACAGAUAUGGACAAUUUCCACAUCCAUCAUAAAAUAAGAGUGGAUUACAGUACUGCGUUUGUCUCGCGAGUCGUCUUUUGUCGGGUGCUUGGCCGCACAGUCCUUCACAAAUUAAGUCUGAAACCAGACACAUCAGCAUGAACUGAAUUUGUACAUAUUUUGUCAGCAACAACUUGACCCUGUGUCCACUAUUUCUGUGACUGGCCUCCGACUGCUGGAGCAGUUCUGUUCUUUACAGGCACAAAGCGCCUGUCGACAGUUUACUUCUUCCUUUAGGUAAGCUGACAUUCAGCCGUAAUAAUGGACUCAUACUUUGAAGGGAUAGUCCUGCAGGUAACGCAGCAGAGGCCUCGGGAGUGGUAGCUGGUCAGGGCAGUCAGUGUGUCUGUUGAUGACGAGGCGCGUGAGGUGCUGCAGAGACGGGAGGUUCUGGGGCUUGUAGACGGCCCGCUUCAGUUUUAGCACCACGGACGUCUCCUGGACAGUCUGCUGGGAGGGUUUGGAAGGAACCUCCUGCUCCACCUUCCCCUCCUCUGCCUUCCUCUCUGGUCCCAUGUAGUGCUGCACCAGACUGGGCACGUUGGGGAAGGACGACAGGCUGGGCCGGGCCGGGGAGCUGGAGUCCAGCAGAAACUGGGCACCGCUGUACUGGAUCCGUAUGCUUGUGGGACCUCGUGCCGUCCUGACCGAGAGGGUCAGCAUGUACAGAGGGUGGCUGCUGUCUCGUACCAGAAAGGCCCCUUCAGAUGCCUCUUGAAGUGCAGCGUGGGCCUGAGCUGCAGUUACAGCUCCCCAGUACCAUCCUGCACACAGAUUCCUGAAUGUUAGUCACUGUGAACAGUACACGCUGUCCUGCCUGUGGCUUAAUGUUUAGCACCAAACAAAUAGGUAGGUUAACUCAAUCUCUCGUGGCAGAUGAUAAAACGCACCAAGCAGUUUUUUUAAGAAUCUUAUUUGUUUAGUUCAGUGGGCGAAAAUGUACCUGAGUUUUCUAGAUAGCAGAAGUUGCUGGCAAUUGCCCGGAGAUCCUUUGUUGGGUCCCAUAGUGGAGGGGAGCUUUGUAGGCAGGGGGUAGGAGGUACUGUUCCUGCCCGCAUGCCCCGCGGGGCUUCAGUGGAUGGAGCAGCGGGCAGAAGAGCUCUGGGACUGGAAAUAAGAUGGAAAAUACAGGUUAAUAGGCAUUAACAAACACAACACAAGAAAUGAUUACAGCAGGCUUCAGGCUUCCAGAUUCUUUCCAGGAAUCAUGAGUUAUCUGUGGCCCUCUGUGUGAGAAUAUUUGUCCUUUUCAUGAUUUAUAAUCCUGUUUGUGUUUAAUUCUCAUUUAUGUUUUUUGGCUGAAACUCAUUGUUACUGCUGCCUGAAAAACUGAACCAGGGCUUUUCCUGGUUCAAUAAAAAUGCUUAUCAUUGCCA